UAAGGCGCGUGGGAGCGGAAUCAACCAAUGAGCAUCGCGGGGGGGCGGAGCUGGGCGGGGAGAACCAAUCAGCGGCUCAACAUCGGGCCGGGCCGAGGGCUGGUGGGAAACAACCAAUGAGAAUCACCGGAAGUGAGACGAGAACACAAACAUCCGGUUGGAUCCAACCAAUCAGCGUCGCCGUGCGGCUGUAAUGGCGGCCGCCAUGUUGGAGCGCUCGGUUGGGCCCGGCCCGGCCCCGCCGCCCCCCCCGGGGGUUCAGCCCCAACCGGGGAACAGCCCGGCCCGGCCCGUGCACAUGAACCUGUUCGCGGCCUGGGACGUGGAUCGCAGCUCACCGGCAUGUGUGCCCCGGCUGCUCAGUCUGACGCUGCAGCGGCUCGUGCUGCUCCGUGACAAAGAACCGGGAAACGUCGUUGGUGAUCGGCCGUUUAACUGCAGUGGGCUCGAAGGCGGAGUCCUCUCGCAUUCCAACGAGAUUCCCGCUCCCGGGCGGAGGGGGGCCGAUCCGAGCGGAGCUGCGCUCACGUUCUCAUUACAGGUGGGGGGCAAAGGGGACGUGGUUCAUGGGGGGGCACAUAUAGGGGUUAUGGGGGGCACAUAUGACAUAUAG